GGUUUUGUCUUGUUGGUACUGUGGUUGUCUUGUGCUUGUAUGUGUUUUACAGGUUCACGUGUGCUUCCCUCACAGGUGUUCCUGUUCAGUGUGAUUGCCGCCUCUCGUCUUCCUCACCUGUUGCUUGUUAUCCUCUCGUCUGAUCUGUGUAUUUAAUCCCUGUGUGUCUAGUGUGUCUUUGCAAGUCCGUUUGUCGAUAUACUCGCCUGUCACCUUGUCUAUAUACUUGUCUGUCACUUUGUGUGUACUCGCCAAAUUACUAGCUCUGCUAGCUACCAGUUCUGUCCUGUCCUUGUUUCCAGUUUUUGAUUUAAUAUCUCCCCAUCCCAGUUUGUGCUCUCUGCUACCCGGGAUUUUUGCUGUGGAUUUUGUUCCUGUCUCUGUUUCCAGUUUAGUGACUUAAUCUUCCCUACCCCAGUCUGUGCUGUCUGUUAUCCGGGAGUUUUUGCUGUGGAUUUUGACUAUUCGACGGCUCUCUGAAACGGCCCUCCACCUGCCUGCUUAACUGCCUGCCUGUUCUAUUGACUGCUUUUGUGCUUACAGCAGCGCACCCUCGCCGCGGCAUAGCCGCUGUCCAGCAGGAGGGUCCUACAGCACAUGUGCUGCCCGGCUUGUAGCAGCACACACUCGCCACGGCAUAGCCGCUGUCCAGCGGGAGGGUCCUUCAGCACUGAAGCUGCACGGCUUCUCCCUUCAGCACCACUAACGCUCUCUCUCUCGCUGCCCGCCGCAGGAUCUCAUCUUCCCAUCUGCCUCGAGUGCCUGUAGCCGGUUUUGUCUCCCUGUUCCUGGCCUUUUGUGGCUGGUCCCCACAUAUACUCUCUCCCACCGUUCGCUGUCUGGCCGGAGCCCGAACGUGUGUGGCUCUCCUCCCCGGUGCUUGUGUGUGCUCCCCGCCUCAGCCGUCUGCCCUGGUGUGGCUUUAUGCCCAGACGCGCUAUUGUCUGUUUACCCACGUUAUUGUUAAUAAAACCUUCUGUUUACUGCAUUGGGAUCUCUUCUGUUUUCUUGUGCCUGACAGAACGGACUUGCCAUAAAUGGAUCCCGCAGAUACAGAAUCUGGCUGUUCAGCGACCGCUCGGCUCUCCACUACUGCCCAGGAGGAGGAUUCGGCUUUCACUGCCCACCGCAACCACCAUGCCCGUUUACUCUUUGGCAUGCGGCAGAGAGGAGCAGAGAUCCGGUCCUUCGCCUCCAGGUUCUUGGAGGAGGCUCGUCUUGCCGGGCUUAGCGGGAGAGAGCUAAAGGUGAUAUUUUAUGCCUGCCUCGAUGAGCCUCUCAGGUCCAGUGAGGUGGAGUUGCUCAAGCCCUUGGACUUCUUCGACAUGGUCAACUACGUGAGGAACAGGCCUGAACCCAAGUCUAGACCCCUGUCACCUGUCCCAGAGGGCCGCGUUGUCGGGAGGAUGGUCCUGGAGAGCUCAGCACCCACCACAUCAAGCUCCAUAAGCUCCGCCCCGCCAGCCAGCCUUCGGGGUAGUCGUCUGGCGAUACGGGGAAGGGGCAUUCAGACCGGGGCGAUCAGGUUGGGGAGGUCGACUCUCAUCUCUCCAGCGCUGGAGACUACGCCCGCACCCGAUCUCCAUCCUGCAUUACCGGUCUCCGGACAGAGGAAGAAGGACUCCUCCGCUCUUCAACCAGCUGCCACCCCUCAGUCCUCUGAGAAAGCAGCAGCCUCUGUCUGCUCCGCUGCAGCCCCUGCCGUCUGCGCAGCCUCCGCUGCAGCCCCUGCCGUCUGCGCAGCCUCCGCUGCAGCCCCUGCCGUCUGCGCAGCCUCCGCUGCAGCCCCUGCCGUCUGCGCAGCCUCCGCUGCAGCCCCUGCCGUCUGCGCAGCCUCCGCUGCAGCCCCUGCCGUCUGCGCAGCCAACAGCAGCAGCCUUUGUCUCUGUCCCGUCUCCGCUGCCGUCCGCAGCGGCCCCUGUCACUGUCCCUGUCUUGUCUCCGCUGCCGUCCGCAGCCUCCUCUGUCAAGGUCCCUGUCUCGUCUCUGCAGCCGCCCGCUGCACCCCCUGUCAUAGACUCUGUAUCGUCUCUGCAGUCACCCGCUGCACCUCCUGUCAUUGUCCCUGCCUCGUCUCCGCUGCCGUCUGCAGCGGCUCCUGUGACUAUUCCUGUCUCGCCUCCGCAGCCGUCCGCUGCGCCCCCUGUCACAGUCUCCAUGUCGUCUCCGCCGCCGGACGCGGCGCCCCCUGUCAUUGUCCCUGCCUCGUCUCCGCUGCCGUCUGCAGCGGCUCCUGUGACUGUUCCUGUGUUGUCUCCGCUGCCGGCCACAGCGCCCCCUGUCAUGUUUCCUGUUUCCCCUCAGCCUGUAAACCCUGACCUAGUUGUUCCUGCCUUGCCCCAAGCUGUUUCCUCCCCACGGAACCCUGUUAGGCCUGCCCGGUCUUCCCGCACCCAACCCUCAGCUACUCCCCGGGGUCAGAGGUCUCGUCCUGUAC